AUGUCAGUGUCCAGGGACCGGCGGCUGGUAGGUGAGGUCCAAACUCAGGUGGCUCCAGCCUGGGGGGAGGGCAGGUGCUGUGGCUGGUGCUGGUGUGUGGGAAGAAUAGGAGCCAGUAAAGCUUCUUCUAUUCCUAGCACUUUGUCUGAUGUCCGUGGAAAGACUUCUCGCUGGACGGAGCAGGAAGAGACGCAGAAGCAGGAAACAUGUGCAGGACAGGCUGUGGGUCCUGUCACUGCCCUGUCCCCUCCACACCACUCACCUUCAGACAGCUCCAGCUCCAGCUCGGCCAGCUUCUCCCGGACCUCCGCGGGCACACAGGCCCCCCCUGAGGUCCCCCCUCCAGACGACACCCCAGGCUCCACCAUCACGCCCUGGGCCCGCUCUGCCAUGCUCCUCCGAAUUUCCAAAUCCUCCGAGACCCAGGGAGGAGCAGAGGGUGCGCAGACCGGUGGACCGUCCCUCUCCUCGGGGCUUCAGGGAGAUGCUUCCGACGGCAUUGGAGACGACCGGUCCAAACUGGCUUCUCAAAAUUACUGGAAAUUCCUGGUCCACCUUGCUGUCCUCAGCGUGGCCCUAUGA